AUGCUGGCUGUGUUACCUUGUCUGGUACUCGGAUUUUUCACCUGUAAUGUUGGGGUUUGCGGUGCUCAGGGAGAGUUCUGCCAUGGUUGGAUUGACAACGCUGGGAAAUGGCACGAAGGUUUCCAGUGUCCUGAGGAUUAUGACACUGUGGACGCCACGACCUGUUGCGGCUCGUGUUCUCUGCGCUAUUGCUGUGCAGCUGCCGAGGCCAGGCUGGACCAGGGGGUCUGUACCAACGACAGGGAGCAGCAAAACCCAAACUAUUCAGCACAGCCCAUCUAUGUGCCGUUCCUCGUUGUAGGUUCCAUAUUCAUUGCUUUCAUCAUCCUGGGAUCCCUGGUGGCCGUUUACUGUUGUACGUGCCUUAGACCCAAACAACCAAAUCCGCAACCAAUGCGUUUCUCAAUGCAGAACCAUCAGGCAGAAACCAUUCCCAUGAUCCCAACUUUCACAAAUUUGAGGACCCCCUCCAGGCAGUCGAGCACCGCCACCAGUUCCAGUUCCACUGGAGGUUCCAUUCACAGGUUUUCUAUCAGCAGAACCGAGUCAGGACACAGCUGCCUGGUCCCUUCCCCUCCGCCGGCUUACACCUCCCCCGGGUGCCUGCAGGCCGCACAAACCCUGCACCUCAGCCAGGGUCAGGGAUUCCUGGUUCCCCAGCAGUACUUCACGUACGCCCUGCAUCCAGAGCCAUUCACAACAGGCAAAAGUUUCAACGAUUUCAGCCAGAACCGGCUGAAGACUCAAAGCAUAACAGCGCCGAACGCCGAACAAGUCAUAUACAGUAACGCAGGUUUAUAG